AUGUUUUUCAUCUCGCUUUUUUACGUGAAUGUCUUCAUUCUGCUCACUCAUGCAGUCAAGCAGGAAGAUUCUGUCACAAGUCGAAUCGAACGCUUAAGAAACGAUAUGUCAGGUAUCAGAGGUUUAAAUGAUUCCACCAGAUUUUUGGAACAACAAUACAAAGGUUUUCUUGAUAUAGUCAAACUCAAUGACAAAAGGAGGCAUUUAUUAAAUCAUUUUAAUGGUCUUCUCAUUCAAUAUCGAAUAAUGAAAGAUCUUAAUGACUGGAUUACAAAAAAAAUUGCGACACAGGGUGCUUGAAGUGGACGAAGGAGUGCUUUCGAGCUUUUCCGAUUGUUACGGGAUCUGUUAAAACUAACUGAAUGACAUUUAACUUUCUGUUUUCGUAGUGACCUAUAAAUUAUCACCUUUUAUUCCAUAAGCAUCAACAUAAUCUUCAAUAAUCAGUAGUUUUACAUACAAGAC